GGCCACGGGCAGACACCCUCACCGCUCCAGACCUGCCUUGCACUCUGCUGCUACCAUGGUCACCGUGCCCACCGCCUGGUGCUCUGUUGCUCUGGCCCUGCUCGUGGCCCUGCACGAAGGCAAGGGUCAGGCAACUGCCUCCUCAGAACACCCAGCACCAUCGGCUCGGGCACGCGGCUCCCACUUGCGGCAACGGCGUUGUUCCUGCAGCUCCUGGCUGGACAAGGAAUGCGUCUACUUUUGCCACCUGGACAUCAUUUGGGUGAACACUCCCGGACAGACAGCUCCUUACGGCCUGGGAAACCCGCCAAGACGCCGGCGCCGCUCCCUGCCAAGGCGCUGUGAGUGCUCCAGGGCCAGGGACUCCGCCUGUGCCACCUUCUGCCACCGAAGGCCCCGGAUGACAGCCAUGGAAGUUCCGGGAAGCCGGCCUCCUGCCAACAUGCUCCAGGCUGGCAAGACUUGGACCCAUGCAGGAGAACUGCUCCAGAAGUUGAGGGACAUUGCCACAGCCAAGAUCCAUUUUGCAAGACAAGAACAAAAGGCUCUGAGGAACUCCAGGCCUAUGCAGUCUAGGUGGAGGAAGAGAUAG